AUGAACGUCGCAGAUCAACGUAACAGCUCAUCGCCAAUACCCAUCGAGGUCAGCGUCGUAAGCGACACUACCAUUAGCAGCAGUGACCGCUCCCGUUCUGACUCUAGCUCGGACUCGAGUGCCGAUGCGCUAGACGACGACUACGGUGCACAUGUCCUGUCGUCAUCAGAAGAUGAUGACGAGAUGAACAAUGACGACGAGCUAAGAGAUAAAGGGCAGGACGUUCAGCAGGACAUUACAAACCAUCUUCUGGUCAAGUCGAUGACCUCUGGACUACAGGGAUGCCCCGUAGACGACUUGGCCGUCGAGGAUGAAAAACGACGGAGACGCUCGCGUCGGAAUCUGAAGAAGAAAAGCAAAGGUAAGAACGCGCCGCUCAUGGGCAUUAGCCGUGAUACAGAGAGUCUUCCGUCGAUGCUCAGGCCAAUCAUGGUACGCACUCGUCGCAGUGGUAGCUCUCCAGUGCUCAGUGUACCAAAUAUGUCUACAAGCAGCACUACUUCCGUCAGUUACAAUCGUCCCAGCAGUGCUAGAGGAAGAGGACAAACAGUGGCAUUAUCACCAGCUGCAGUAGUUCUUUCAAACGACACUGGUGUUGCAUCCACCUCACCUUUGCUUCGAAAAGACUCAGCAGCAAUUCGAAGACAAUACUGGAGCCAAUUGGGUUUCAGUCUAUCUCGCAGCGAUUUGGAAAAGAGUACAGGACGUAAGAAAGAACGCCGUGACGGCUUGAAAGUACGGUUGAAUGACGCUGACUCGAAAAACAAACAGGGCGCCAAAAGCUUCUUCCGGUUCAUCGCAAGCUGGUACGCGCCGGUAACGGCAGUGAGUGGCGAAGACAAGACUUCACGGAAAGACAGGGAUCGUACAGCCAGUGCAAGACAAUUGCGGUCGUCACUCUUACGACACUCGUUGUCCAGUGUCGGUGACAACAGCGAUGUCUUAAAACCGAAGAAGGGUGUGCAAUUUAACGAAGAGGCCGAGUUGUUUUACAUUCCGCUGCAUCGUGACUAUUCAAAGCGACAACGUGAGUGUAUGUGGCCAACACGUGCUGAUUUUGUCGCAAUGGUAGAGCGCAAUCUGGACGCUGUGUAUGAUGAAAUGGAGCGUGAGUACGAGGCGCAGCUAGAGAACGAGUAUCUGGAGAAUGAAGGCAUGGCACGUGAAGAGACCCGGCAACGGACUAUCGAAGCUCAGGAGCGGAAGGCUGCCGAGUCAGCUGCCGAGUCGCGACGCAGCCUCUCACCGCCACGAAGCCGCAGUUCGAGUACCAUAUCAUCCUCUGUGCCGAUGCUCGCACUGUCGCAGAAACAGGUGAUAGUUUCACCUCGUGCUCGUUCUUCACACGACCUUCGUUUCAAGUACCUUAAACAUCUUGGCAUUGACAGUUAA